AUGGUGAUUAAGAAGGACAAGAAGCACACCAGGCCGGAGCCGCCAGCAGACCAGACGUCGCCGUCCCCCUGGCCCACCUUCUGCCGCGACGACGCCAUGUACCACUUCCCCGAGCAGAUAUUGCACCUGAACUUCGGCCCCGACCGCCGCGUCACCUUCGUCGAGGAGGAGCAGCAGCCGCAGCACUCGCCGUGGGGCUGGGUGCGGGACCGCGGCGUCCCCGUGCUCGUGGGCGGACAGGUCAACCUCCGACGUCUACCCUCCCCCUCCUUCUCCUCCUCCUCCCCAGACGGAACCCCCGCCGCCGCCGCCGCCUCCGGGCGACUCUCACUGGAGAUCGCAGCGAGCUCGCGCGACCUCGCAGUCGACGUGACGGCCGACGCGGAGGCGCAGACGGUGCGCGUCGGCGUGCCGCGGACGGCGCCGGCAGCCGGCCGGCAGCCCCCGUGCAUCGAGAUCCGGGCCACGCUCUGGGUGCCCGCGGCGGCCGAGCUCGCCUCCCUAGCCGUGAGCGCGGCGCACCUCGACGUGCUGCUGCUGGAGGACCUGGCGCUGCGGGUCGCCGGGGGCGCGUCGAUCGCGACCGUGCCGGGGGACGUGGUAGCGGCGGCGGCGGGGCCUCGGGCGUACGGCGACGGCGACAGCAACGGGAACGGCAACGCGACGCGCGGCGGCUUCGUGGCGGCGCCGCGCUCCUACGCCUUCGCCGCGCGCGCCGCCGACGUCCGCACCGUGGCCGGCCGCGUCUCCGGGCCGUGGGCGCUGCGCGACGCGCUGAGCGUGCGCACGACGUCGGGCGACGUGGGGGUGUCGGUGGCGCCGGAGGCCGGCGGCGGCGGCGCCACGCUGACCGUGGCCACGGUGUCGGGGGCGGUGCGCGUGGCCGCGCCGGUGCGGGGCGAGGCGCCGCUGCCGCCGCGCGACUACGCGGUCGACGUGGGCAGCACGUCGGGGGACGUGCGGGUGGCGCUGCCGUUCGGGUCGCGGGCGGCGCUGCGCAGCGCGUCGGGCGACGUGGCGGCGGAGCUGCUGCCGGUGCUGGACGCGGGGUCGGCGGCGGCGCGCGCGCGCCUCGACACCGCGGCCGCGAGCGGCGCCACCGACGUCCGCGUCCUCGAGCCGGCGUGGUACGGCGGCGCGGCGCGCGCGCUCGCCCGCCUCGACGCCGCCCACCGCUCCGUCAGCGGCGACGUCGCCCUGCGCUACCCCCGCGCCUGGGAGGGCGCGCUGGCGGCCCAGACCCGCACCGGCGCGCUCCGCGUGCGCGGCCGCCGCGUCGAGAUCGUCCGCGAGCGCGGCGGCUGGGGCGGCUCGCGCGUCGAGGCGCGCAAGGGCGGCGCCGGCGCCGGCUCGACGCUCGAGGUCGAGGCUGUGUCUGGGGACGUGGAUGUCCUCAUCGGGCGGGAGUAAGGGGGAUGAGUAUAAUACCUGCGUCGUCGGCUUCAUAAGUAGGGAAUAGAUACCCUGAUGUUUGCGGACUGGGAGGGCGCUUGCAGAGGUGUUGGGGGAGAUAGUCUAUUUGCUAAUACGCGUACACGGUGCGUUCUAUUUCGGAUGUUCUAUGCUUCCCGCCGUCUACUCGUAGAAUACAGAAAAUUCGAACCAGACGCUGCGAAGGAGACGGCGCCGCUUGCUCCCUCUCUUGCGCUCCCCCUAUCCAUCAUAAACGACAGUGAAACAAUCAUCACCCCCUGAUUCCCUAUGAUAUGGGUAGGCGUAUAUAUAUAUGCGUGUAGUCGCUCGUCUCUCAUAACUCUAAAGCCCAGGACCAGGCGCAAAGGCCCAACUUGCCGUCGCCGCUCCCAGCCGCGCCGCCGCGCAUCCGGCUCUGGGGCGGAUCGGGACUUCGAAGGUCGUCGAAGAUCGUCAUCCCCCAGGGUUUUCACGAUCAGCCUCCCAGGAGGCCUGGAAACGGCGAUACGCGUUGGCCACGGCUGACUCGAUGGAUUCCUGGUCGAGAGGAAUACGAACGGCCUCGGUCCAGGGAGGCGACCCGGCCCU